AUGAGAAAAACUUCAAAUAAAAAGCAUUCCAAGGGAGCAAUAAAUAAUUAUUAUUUUUCUCAUUUUAUAAAAAGUUAUGAUGAUACCAUCACUGAAAAUCCUAGUAAUAAAACUUUAAAUGAUGUCGAGAAUGAUAAAGACAAUGGCAUCGAUAAAGAUAAUAACGAUAAUAUAACUGAUAAUCCUAGUAAUAAAACUUCAAAUGAUAUUGAGAAUAAUAAAGACAAUAGUAUCGAUAAAGAUAAUAAUGAUGAUAUAACUAACGAUCCUAGUAAUGAAACUUUAAAUGAUAUUGAGAAUGAUAAAGACAAUGGUGUCGAUAAAAAUAAUAGUAAAGAUAUAAAUAAUGAUAGCUCUAAUAUUAUUGACGAAUGGCUUAAUUCUUUGAGAACAAUGAAGAAAAUGAAUAUUAGCAGUGUAAAUUUAAAUUCUAACAACAACACAGUGCUGAUGACUGAAGAAGAGGGCACUUUAAUUUUGCACUUGUAUCCAGAUGACAAAGAAGGUAAAGGUAUAAAUGGUAAUGGAUUACCAAAUAAUGAAAGGAACCAGAAGCUUAAACAUCGGGCUCAAUAUAGAAAGAAUAAAAAGAGACUUCAUAAAGGAGAAUUGUUACCUAUCAAAGAAAAUCUGAAAUUAUUCAAGGGACCAUCCAAGAGACAACUUGAGGAAUCAUCUGAAAGGCUGAGACCUGUCAAAGAAAAUCCAGGAUUUGAAAAAUUUGAAGAAGUAUCAUCAGACAACAAAAGUAAUGGAAAAAAUCAUAAAAAGGAUGAAAAAAAGUAUAAUCUUGAUGAUAAAGCUGUAAAUCUUGAUAAAGAUUUACACAAAAUAUUGCAAUUUAUCCAUAAAUUGCCAACUUGUUCUUCUACUCGCUUCAAACAGUUAAUUGGUGACUUUUUGAAUGAUAUAAUUUUGAUGGAUAUUUCUUCUUCAAAUUGUACUAGAAUUCCAUUUAUAGCUAAAGACGAAAAUGAAAUUAAAAAUAUAUUAUAUAAAUUAGUAGGUAAUAUUUUUAAUUCUGUCACAGGAAGUACAAAAAGUCAAGUCGUCAAAGAAAUCUUGCAACGUAAAAAUCUACGCUUUCACGUGAAAGUCUGGAAAUCAUAUAUUUGCUUGCAAGCAUUCUGUUCUGCAAAUCUUAAACAAAAUAGAGGGAAGACAACCAGAUCACAAGCCAAGAAAAAAAUAAUAGAAGAAUAUACCAACAUAGAUCUUGGAGAUUUAGAUUUAAUGCUUCAGAUCUUGCCAAAAAUAUAUAGGUUAUUACAAGUAUUCAACGGCAAUUGGGUUCUCUUGGAUGUAUUUGAAGAAAUUACACUCACAUUCUUCAAAAGUAAAAUAAAAGUUGAUGCUAAUUUUGAAAUUUGGCUUAAUUUGGUAAGAACGGAAUAAAUGGC